AAGCUAAAUGCAGUUCUCGGCAUCACUGUGAUGUUCCCCUGGCUCACGUUUGCAGUGUGUGUUUCAGCAGUGCUCGGCUUGUUUUUCUGGUCCCGCAAGCAGCUAUCGUUAGUAUUCGCAGCCUGUUCGUGUCGCCCAGCCAUGGCACAGCAGGACGGUGCUGCUAAGAAGAACCCCGCCGUUGCGGUGUUGCACUCUCACUUUCUUGUGGGAUCAGUAUCGGAGGAGAACUCAGAGGAUGAAAUCCAGGGAAAGCCUGACAUCCAGCUGGAGGAAAAGGAGCCCAGAUCCUUGUCACCAUCAUCCGGUAGCUCAGACAGCACCUAUGAAAUGGGAUUUGACCAUAUUGAUGGCCCCAUGCACAAUCUAAGGCCAAGCAUGUCAGGGCUGCACCUGGUGAAGCAAGGCAGAGAUCGACGGCGUAUCGAUCUCCAGAGGGACUUUACUGUGGCUUCUCCUGCUGAAUUUGUCACCCGCUUUGGUGGCAACAAGGUUAUCGAGAAGGUGCUUAUUGCUAACAAUGGCAUUGCUGCAGUCAAAUGCAUGCGCUCCAUCCGCCGGUGGGCCUAUGAGAUGUUUCGCAAUGAGAGGGCAAUCCGCUUUGUUGUAAUGGUAACCCCAGAGGACCUCAAGGCCAAUGCAGAGUACAUCAAAAUGGCAGAUCAUUAUGUACCUGUGCCAGGAGGGACUAACAACAACAACUAUGCCAAUGUGGAGCUCAUUCUGGACAUUGCUAAACGCAUACCUGUUCAGGCAGUGUGGGCUGGCUGGGGUCAUGCCUCGGAGAACCCCAAACUUCCAGAGCUGCUUCACAAGAAUGGCAUUGCUUUCAUGGGUCCCCCAAGUCAGGCUAUGUGGGCACUAGGAGACAAGAUUGCUUCAUCUGUUGUGGCUCAGACUGCUGGCAUUCCAACCCUGCCCUGGAGUGGCUCAGGCCUAACAGUAGAAUGGACAGAGAGCAACCAAAAGAAGAGAAUCAUCAACGUUCCUACUGAUGUGUAUGAGCUUGGCUGCAUCCAGGAUGUAGAGGAUGGCCUUAAAGCUGCAGAGAAGGUCGGCUACCCUGUGAUGGUGAAGGCCUCAGAGGGAGGUGGAGGAAAAGGCAUUCGUAAAGUCAACUGUGCUGAUGAUUUCCCUAACCUCUUCAGACAGGUCCAGGCAGAAGUUCCAGGAUCACCUAUUUUUGUCAUGCAGUUAGCCAAACAUGCCCGGCAUCUAGAGGUCCAGAUCUUGGCUGAUCAAUAUGGCAAUGCCAUUUCCCUGUUUGGGAGAGACUGUUCUGUGCAGCGGCGGCACCAGAAAAUUAUCGAGGAGGCUCCGGCUACCAUCGCCACUUCUGAUGUGUUUGAGGAUAUGGAAAGGUGUGCAGUGAAGCUGGCCAAGAUGGUGGGUUACGUCAGUGCAGGUACAGUGGAGUACCUCUACAGUCAGGAUGGCAGCUUCUACUUCCUGGAGCUCAACCCUCGUCUGCAGGUGGAACACCCCUGUACCGAGAUGGUGGCUGAUGUCAACUUGCCUGCUGCCCAACUCCAGAUUGCUAUGGGUAUUCCUCUUCAGAGGAUCAAAGACAUCAGGAUGCUUUAUGGGGUCCAGCCAUGGGGAGACUCUCCCAUUGACUUUGAGGGUCUGUCAACAGCGCCCUCCCCACGAGGCCAUGUCAUUGCAGCACGUAUCACCAGUGAAAAUCCUGAUGAGGGUUUCAAGCCAAGCUCUGGAACGGUGCAAGAGCUGAAUUUCCGCAGCAAUAAGAACGUGUGGGGCUACUUCAGUGUCGCAGCGGCUGGAGGGCUGCAUGAGUUCGCUGACUCCCAGUUUGGACACUGUUUCUCUUGGGGAGAGAAUCGGGAAGAGGCCAUCUCCAACAUGGUGGUGGCUCUGAAGGAGUUGUCUAUCAGAGGAGACUUCAGGACCACAGUGGAAUACCUCAUUAAACUGCUGGAGACUGAAAGCUUUCAGCACAACAGCAUUGACACAGGCUGGCUGGACAGGCUUAUCUCAGAGAAGAUGCAGGCAGAGCGUCCCGACACCAUGCUGGGAAUUGUGAGCGGGGCUCUUCAUGUUGCAGAUGUCAAUCUGAGGAACAGUGUGUCCAACUUUCUGCAUUCUCUGGAAAGGGGCCAAGUGCUGCCAGCACACACACUACUUAAUACUGUGGAUGUCGAGCUGAUCUACGAAGGUAAUAAGUACGUCCUGACUGUGACACGCCAGUCUCCCAACUCCUACGUGGUCAUCAUGAACAACUCCUCUGCUGAGGUGGACGUCCAUCGGCUCAGUGAUGGAGGUCUCCUGCUGUCUUAUGAUGGAAGCAGCUACACUACAUACAUGAAGGAAGAGGUGGACAGGUAUCGCAUCACAAUUGGGAACAAGACUUGUGUUUUCGAAAGGGAGAAUGAUCCUUCGCUGCUGCGCUCUCCUUCAGCAGGAAAACUUAUCCAGUACACAGUUGAGGAUGGCGGGCAUGUGUUUUCUGGCCAGUGCUAUGCUGAAAUAGAGGUGAUGAAAAUGGUAAUGACCCUUACGGCUGCAGAGUCUGGUUGCAUUCACUACGUGAAGAGGGCUGGAGCAGCACUGGAGCCUGGCUGUGUCAUUGCCAAGCUGCAACUGGAUGACCCAAGCAGAGUGCAGCAGGCAGAGCUUCACACAGGGGCCCUGCCAUCUAUCCAGGCAGUGGCUCUGAGAGGCGAGAAGCUACACAGAGUCUUCCACAACACACUGGAUCAUCUUGUUCACAUAAUGAAUGGCUACUGUCUUCCUGAGCCUUUCUUCAGUGCUAAAUUGAAAGAGUGGGUGGAACGGUUGAUGAAAACAAUGCGUGAUCCCUCUUUGCCACUGUUGGAGCUUCAAGACAUCAUGACGAGUGUGUCAGGUCGCAUCCCCCCCGCUGUGGAGAAAGCUAUCAAGAAGGAGAUGGCUCAGUAUGCUAGCAACAUCACCUCUGUGCUCUGCCAGUUUCCCAGCCAGCAGAUUGCAAACAUCCUGGACAGCCACGCUGCUACUCUUAAUAAGAAGUCUGAGAGAGAAGUCUUCUUUAUGAACACGCAAAGCAUUGUUCAGCUGGUACAGAAGUAUCGCAGUGGCAUCCGAGGUCACAUGAAGGCGGUGGUGAUGGACUUGCUCAGACAGUACCUGAAAGUAGAGAUCCAGUUUCAGAAUGGACACUAUGACAAGUGUGUGUUUGCCCUGCGUGAGGAAAACAAAGGCGAUAUGGCAAAUGUGCUCAACUAUAUCUUCUCCCAUGCUCAAGUCACCAAGAAGAACCUGCUGGUUACAAUGUUGAUUGACCAGCUGUGUGGCCGUGAUCCCACACUAACAGAUGAACUGAUGGCCAUCUUGACUGAACUCACCCAGCUCAGCAAGACAACCAAUGCCAAGGUGGCACUGCGUGCUCGGCAGGUCUUAAUAGCUUCCCACCUCCCCUCUUAUGAGCUACGACACAACCAGGUGGAGUCCAUCUUCCUCUCUGCCAUUGAUAUGUAUGGACACCAAUUCUGCAUUGAGAACCUUCAGAAACUGAUCCUUUCAGAAACAUCAAUUUUUGAUGUUCUGCCCAACUUCUUCUACCACAGUAAUCAGGUUGUCAGGAUGGCUGCCCUUGAGGUGUACGUUCGCAGAGCAUACAUUGCGUAUGAGCUGAACAGCGUUCAGCAUCGACAGCUGAGGGACAACACAUGUAUAGUAGAGUUCCAGUUCAUGCUUCCCACCUCGCACCCAAACAGAGGGAACAUCCCCACUCUAAACAGGAAAAUGUCUGCUCCAAUCCUGGACAUUGUAAAAGCCAUGGACACUAAAUUACAGGAAACUAAACCCCAGGACCUUAAAGAACAAGAUAGUAAAUCUAAGGAUGAUAAUGCUGAGAAGAUAAAUGGCUCUGAUUCGGAAGCUAUGGACAGGAUGUCAUUCUCAUCCAAUCUGAACCACUACGGCAUGGUGCAUGUAGCCAGUGUCAGUGACGUCCUGCUUGACACAUCUUUUACACCACCUUGUCAGCGCAUGGGAGCCAUGGUCGCUUUCCGCUCCUUCCAGGAGUUCACCAGGAACAUAGCAGACGUGUUGAGCUGUUUCUCCGACUCCCCUCCCCCAAGUCCAACCUUCCCAGAGGGAGGUAAUCCUGUCCUGUAUGGUGAAGAGGACAACAAGAGUGUCCAGGAUGAGCCUAUCCAUAUCCUGAAUGUGGCUAUAAAGACUGACAGCGACAUUGAUGACGAUGGCCUGGCAGCCAGCUUCCGAGAGUUCACUCAGUCAAAGAAAUCACUGCUGUUUGAACAUGGCAUCCGUAGGCUGACUUUCCUUGUGGCUCAGAAGGAUUUCAGGAAGCAAGUCAACUGUGAGGUGGACCAAAGGUUUCAUAGAGAAUUCCCCAAAUUUUUCACAUUCCGCGCCAGAGACAAGUUUGAGGAGGACAGGAUCUAUCGUCAUUUGGAGCCGGCACUAGCUUUCCAGUUGGAGCUCAACCGCAUGCGCAAUUUUGCCUUAACGGCAAUCCCAUGUGCCAACCACAAAAUGCACCUGUACCUGGGUGCAGCGCGCGUGGAGGUGGGCACAGAGGUUACGGACUACCGUUUCUUUGUGCGAGCCAUUAUCCGCCACUCUGAUCUGGUCACAAAGGAGGCCUCCUUUGAAUACCUUCACAAUGAGGCAGAGCGUCUGCUGCUGGAAGCCAUGGAUGAGCUGGAGGUGGCUUUCAACAACACAACUGUACGCACUGACUGCAACCAUAUCUUCCUCAAUUUUGUCCCCACAGUCAUCAUGGACCCAUCAAAGAUCGAGGAGUCUGUGCGCUCCAUGGUGAUGCGUUACGGCAGCCGUCUGUGGAAGCUGCGUGUCCUGCAGGCUGAACUGAAAAUUAACAUCCGCCUGACUCCAACAGGAAAGCAAAUCCCCAUCCGCCUCUUCCUCACCAAUGAAUCAGGCUACUACCUGGACAUCAGCCUGUACAAGGAGGUCACUGAUUCUAGAACGGGACAGGUGGGGCCCAAAGACCGACAGGGUUUCAAGUAUCUCUACCUCACACCUCAGGAUUACAAGAAGGUUUCAGCCCUGAACUCUGUGCAUUGCGAACAUGUGGAGGAUGAGGGAGAAUCCAGGUACAAGAUCACUGAUAUCAUAGGAAAAGAUGAAGGGCUGGGUGUGGAGAAUCUGAAAGGGUCUGGAAUGAUAGCUGGAGAAUCCUCUCUGGCGUAUGAGGAGAUCAUCACCAUGAACCUGGUCACAUGCAGAGCCAUAGGGAUCGGGGCCUAUCUGGUGAGGCUAGGACAGAGAACCAUUCAAGUGGACAACUCUCACAUUAUCCUUACUGGAGCUGGGGCACUCAACAAGGUGCUGGGCAGAGAAGUGUACACAUCGAACAACCAGCUGGGUGGAAUCCAAAUCAUGCACAACAAUGGUGUGACCCACUGCACUGUUUGUGAUGACUUUGAGGGAGUCUUCCUGCUUCUGCAGUGGCUUUCCUACAUGCCCAUGUGUAAAUCUAGUCCAGUGCCCAUCCUCAGUGCCAAGGAUCCAGUAGAUCGGCCUGUGGAGUUUGUGCCUACAAAGGCACCCUAUGACCCUCGUUGGAUGUUAGCAGGACGUCCCAGCCAGACUCCAAAAGGUUCCUGGCAGAAUGGCUUCUUUGACCAUGGCUCCUUCAUGGAGAUCAUGCAGCCUUGGGCUCAGAGUGUGGUGGUCGGCAGGGCCAGACUUGGGGGGAUACCUACUGGGGUGGUUGCUGUGGAAACCAGGUCAGUGGAGCUGUCAAUCCCAGCCGAUCCAGCCAAUUUGGACUCGGAGGCGAAGAUCAUCCAGCAGGCAGGACAGGUGUGGUUCCCAGAUUCUGCAUUUAAAACAGCCCAGGCCAUUAAGGACCUGAACAGAGAGGGCCUACCUCUCAUAGUGUUUGCCAACUGGAGGGGCUUUUCUGGAGGAAUGAAAGAUAUGUACGACCAGGUGUUGAAAUUUGGGGCCUACAUCGUGGACGGGCUUAGGGAGUACAAGCAACCGGUACUGGUUUAUAUCCCACCCCAGGCUGAGCUAAGGGGAGGAUCCUGGGUGGUUAUAGAUCCCACCAUCAACCCUCGUCACAUGGAGAUGUACGCUGACAAGGACAGUCGAGGUGGAGUGUUGGAACCUGAGGGAACAGUGGAGAUCAAGUUUAGGAAGAAGGACCUGGUUAAGACCAUGAGACGAGUAGAUCCGGUCUACAUGGGCUUGGCUGAAAGACUGGGAACCCCAGAGCUGAGUCCCCCUGACCGUAAAGAGCUGGAGACCAAGCUGAAGGAGCGUGAGGAGUUUCUCCUGCCCAUCUACCACCAGGUGGCUGUGCAGUUUGCAGACCUCCACGACACCCCAGGUCGCAUGCAAGAGAAGGGCGUAAUAACGGAUAUCCUUGAAUGGCAAACAUCCCGUCAGUUCUUUUACUGGCGUCUGCGGCGUCUGCUGUUGGAGGAUACGGUGCAGAGGAAGAUCCAAGCGGCCAACAGCGAGCUAACGGAUGGCCAGGUCCAGGCAAUGCUGCGCCGCUGGUUUGUGGAGGCCGAGGGGGCUGUCAAGGCCUACCUGUGGGAUAACAAUGAGGAGGUGGUGGCAUGGCUGGAGAGGCAACUAGCUGAAGAAGAGGGCGCGAGGUCCGUCGUCGACGAGAACAUCAAAUACAUCCGGCGAGAUCACAUCCUCAAGCAGAUACGCAGCCUCGUUCAAGCCAAUCCAGAGGUUGCCAUGGAUUCAAUUGUGCACAUGACCCAGCACAUCUCGCCCACACAGAGAACCGAGGUGGUGCGCAUCCUGUCCACUAUGGAGACGUCGGCCUCCUCCUAGUUGGGAGCCCGGCCUCUCCUCUCCGCCUGGCUGAAGAACAGCUCAGGCCACAACCACAGCCAAAAGGAGCCUGGCUCAGCCACUGCUCCUGGCUUAGGCCCGGGCUGGAAACUGAGGCCAGAGGAGCCAACGUGAUGGGCCCUUGGCAGCUGCCGGGUUACUGAUGAUUUGUUGGCUAUGAUUCUUACUAAGAGUUCAGAUGACUGACAUCAAUUAUAACAUUUGUAAAUUGUCUUACAUGUAUGCUUGUGUUCAGAUAAAUCAGUGUAUGUUGUAUUCAAGUGCAAUUGAAAAAUGGCUUAAACAAUAUCUAGUGACUAAUAUGUAAUAAUAUAUUUGGAGUUUACACAGUUGGCCCAAAUGGAUGUUUAUGCUUCCAUGAUAAUCAGUCAUUUUAAUGUUGUUGUCAUAUUAAAAUGCCCCUUGGUUUGUGACAUAUGCUUGUUAAUAUUUGCAAGUGUUUUGAUGACCAACUCCACAAUGACAACACAUUGCUGGGGGCGUCAGCCAGAAAAACGGGUUUUGAACUCCUAAGUAGGAAACACUUAGUUACUGAACAAAGACGGGGAACUGUAUAACAGAUUUGGACGGGAGAGCCCAGCAGGGAGCAGGGACAUGGUCCAUUUUAGACCCCGACUGUUUCACAGUUACCCUGCAGUGAGCAAUGGGCAACUCGCCUCACAACAAAACCACAGCUGUCCCUUCUGUUGUCGCUCACACAGUACACACACAUACACAUGCUGCUUCAGAUGCACUUUACUGCUCACUGUGCCCUCACAGAAUCACCUGCUGCACAGGUUUUAACUGUUGCAUCGAGCAUACACACAUACAGACGGACACGCACAAAGUGAUACGAACAGUACCACGCACAGUGAUAAUGAUGGUUAGAAUGAGAAUUGUUCACACACACACAUAGUGGGUAAUAGUGUGCUUGUUUAGUAAAAAUGGGCUUUUCUUUUUUUGUGUUUGCUUCUACAACCAAUCUUUUAAACUUGAGGGGUUUUUUUUAAAUUUCUUUUUUAACUGAGGAAAUAUUUUUGAAUUUACAAGAGUUCAAUGGCUAAAUCAUUAAAUGUCUGUGAAAGAACAACUACGGUUCACUGGAAUUACAUGUUACGUGUCUAAUUUUACCUCUAAUCCACAUUAACUGUUCUAUUUAACGUUUGUACUGUAUGUAUAUGAAAGGUUACUUAUUUUUAAUAUUCAUUUUUGAAAACGCUGUUUGAAUUGCAUAUUACUUGUACACUUGAGUUUGUUACCAAUAGACAGGCAAAAUGUGGCAACUAUAUCACACAAGGAUUUUUCUUUAAAGGGUACAUAGACGUAGAAGAACAGCACCGUAAUAUGUUAAAUUCAGUCUUAUAGCAGCUCAUUGUGUCAUGCUCUGCAGAAAAAGCAAUGUUACUUAUGUGAUAUGGCUUCAUGGUCUGUGCUGUGCCUUCUUUGUUUCAGUAUCAACGUUUAGUCCAGCUGCUUUAUAAGUAACUGGUUGUUUACCUACACAAGGAUGGAUAUGAAUUUACAGUGAUGAUCUAAAUGUGUCUGCAGAUUUAAUAAAGCUUACCCAACUUA